CAUUCCAUAUACGUAUGCGUGUCAUGGUGUGUAAGUUUACCUACGCAUUCCGUAUACUUCGAGUAUGAUGAGCUUAUCUUGAAAGAACAACGCCUAUUUUUUUUACCGUAACGAUUUUGACGCUGCUGCAGUGUCAGUCAGAUCAAAGUUCGGCAUCAGUGCGUAACGCUCUCCCAUUCCGGACAAUCGAAACUCUGUUGAGGUAUUCCAUUAUUAACCGAUUUAAUUUUGAUACACACAUUGCGUGUAAAAGCAGCGUAUAAGCGUGGCAUACUUACUAUGUGAACGAAAAAAGUAUACGUGUAAUAUAAAUCCGCGUUCUGAAGAAAAAUCAUUUACACGUCAUGGAUACUAAUUUUGCAUGGUAAAAAGGAUAAUGAUAGCGUGCUAUAUUUGUGUUGAAUCAUGAUGACUGGAGGAGAUACUUAACACGGGGAAAAUAAAAAUUUGUGAUAAAUACGAAAGGCGAAUUUACGAGUGAUAAAACAGCAUAGCGUAGAGUUCAAUGAAAAAAUUCAUAAAGAUGAAAAAGAGAUUAUUGUGGUGCGGUUUCACUUUCGCCGUCGUGCUCCUCAUCCUUAUGAUUUCGACGGAGAGCAACAUAAUCCAAAGGAUACCGUUUCUCGAUGUGAUGACAGUCAACGGUAUCAGAUGCUACGAUGAAGUUUCGACAGUAAAAAGCAUCCUCGAUUUCGAUUCAGAAACAGAUGCCGGCAAGCCAACAUCGAGUAAGAACAUUUUCUUCCAUGAGACUUCUUGUUUCGGCGACGAAGGCCUGACGUUAAAUGCCCGACAAGCCUGUGCCAUAGAAUCGGCGGCAAGGAUGAAUCCGUCGAUGACCGUGUACUUGCUAUUCAUCAGCAAAUCGGAAUUCUCGAACAGUACACGCGAGAUUGUCAGGCAUCUUCUCAAUUAUUCCAACGUUAAGAUUCGUCAUAUCGAUCCGCAGAAAUACAUGAAGGAUACGCCCUUGGAUGCGUGGUAUGCCAGUGGCAUCCUGAAGAAAAGCCACUGGCCGGUCAGUCAUAUGUCUGAUAUACUGCGCUAUCUGACCUUGUGGAAAUAUGGCGGUAUCUAUCUCGAUCUGGACGUAGUAGUCACCAGCUCACUGGAGGAUCUGACAAAUUUUGCCGGCGCCGAAAGCUGGGAUGACGUUGCUGCCGGCAUCAUGGGCUUCGACAUGUCGAAGCUGGGUCGACGCGUGGCCGAUGCUUGCGUGCGCGAUCUUAAAAAGAAUUUUCGCGGCGACGUCUGGGGUAACAAUGGGCCCGGAGUCAUCACGAGGACGUUACAGAAACUCUGCGCGACGACGUAUGCACGCGAUAUGACAGCCAACCGUUGCCACGGCUUCACAGUAUAUCCGCCGUCGGUUUUCUAUCCAAUUCAUUAUAAAAAAUGGAAGAAAUAUUUCGAGAUAAAAGACAGCAACAUGACUUUGAAGAUAUUAAACAAAGCGAAAGCGAUUCACGUAUGGAACAACUUAAGCAAGGCCGAAAAGGUGCGAGUGAAUAGCAAUGUGCCAUAUGCCGUUAUCGCACGUAAUUAUUGUCCUCAUGUUUUUAAUAACUGCGACGAACAAAUGUUGAUACCAAGUAGGUGCAUAUUCUUCCAUGAGACCACGUGUUCGCCGCCGAAUCUUACGCCCCAACAAGCAUGUGCCGUGGAAUCGUCGGCUAGAAACAAUCGCAAUUUAAAUAUCUUCCUGCUUUUCUUCGCGACGGAGCAGUUUUCUGAGAAGUCUAAGAAAUAUGUCAAAAUUUUAGAAACUUAUGAUAACGUGUACAUAAGGAGAAUACGUUUGUCUACAUACAUUAUCGAGACGCCAAUAAAGGACUGGUUCUGGGCAAAUAUCCGUAGAUUUUGGGAGAACCACGAUUGGCUACAUAAAAACUUUCAUGAUUAUAUCCGGAUGUUGACACUGUGGAAGUUUGGCGGUGUGUCAUUAAAUUUGAACAGCGUGGUACUAACAUCACUGGACAAGCUAACUACUUUUGCGGGUGUGCAAAACAAUCGAGAUAUGGGUGUCGGUGUAUUUGGCGUCGACACGAGCACAAAUUUUGGAAGAAACUUUAUCGACGCUUGUAUGGAAAUCAUUAAAAGUACAAAUGCGAACAACUAUUUACAAUACAAUAUCACAAGAGUCAUAACCGAAGCCGUAUGGAAGCUCUGUUAUCAGCAAAACGACAAGGAAUGUCAGCGGUUUACGAUCUACCCACCGGAGAAAUUUUAUCCCUCAUUUCCUGAUUCGCGGGAAGUUUACCUGAACAAAACAAGAGUAAAAGAAAUGCUAAAAAUGGGAAAAAACGCUCUGACGAUUCAUUUGUUGAACGAUUACAACAAAGACACUGCAGCAAAUAACGUGGCGGCUUUUAAAAAGGCGGCUAAACAAAAUUGUCCAAAGAUAUACAAUCCGCACAACACGCGUAUCGGAUUAAGCACGUUAAACGCGAUAAUGGCCCAACGAAUUUUCAAAGGUCACAAUGAUCACUAUAAUGGUAUUACCAUUGAUUCCAUUGAGGAGGCCUGCGACAAUAAAAUAUUCGCACAGCGUCUCAAAGAUUCUUUAGAGCAAUGGUUGAAGGAUAAAAGACGCACUAUAUGGUUUCGUGUGCACAUACCGCAUACAGAAUGGGUUCCGAUAUUAACAGGACAUGGAUUUAUCUUCCAUCAUUCCAAAGAAGAAUAUGUCAUGUUAUAUCGUUGGCUGCCCACCGAUGAGAAAUGUAAUGUUCCAAAAUAUGCGCAUACAUAUUUAGGUGUUGGUGCGUUUGUGUUCAAUAAAAAUACUAGUGAAAUUCUUGUAAUUAAAGAAAAAUAUGCUCCUACUAAAGCAAGUUGGAAACUUCCAGGAGGCUAUGUGGAACCAGGAGAAGAUAUUGAAACGGCAGCCAAGAGAGAAGUCUUAGAAGAAACGGGAAUUCAGGCAGAUUUCAAAUGUUUAAUAUCUUUUAGACAUGGGCAUGAUUAUUCUUUUGGAUGCUCGGAUAUAUAUAUGAUCGCGUACUUAACACCUCAGAAUUUUGAAAUUGAUAGAUGUAAACGGGAGAUUUCAGAAUGUAAAUGGAUGAAGCUAAGUGACUUUGUGCAACAUCCAGAGGUACAUGCAAAUAACAAAACUUUAGCAACAAAAACAAUAGAUUUUCUUCAACAUCAAAUGGGCAUAGUUGCAAAUUAUGGAAUACAUCCCAUUACUAAAAAGCAAAUAUGUGUGUAUAGUGUGCAGAAUGCAGACAUUGGAAAUACAUCUGUAGAAUAA